AUUGUACCUAUCUCCGCGUCCCGCCGACCACUAUGGUAGCGCGUUCUCAUAAGAAAAGGGGGCGGGGAGGGUGCGGGGUUUAGAAAACAUCUACCACAAUGAUAAGCGGACCCCCGAUCUAAUCUAACUUCCAUAGUCAUAUUUCGAAGCUAUCAUCAUAUCCUAUUACACGGAUUCUUACCACUCAUUCUAACCCUUCGCUUCGAACGCAGAGCGGCAAAUGCUUGAGACACAAGCUGACGAGCGCCCAGCGUGGGCGCGCAUCGCCUUCCCCGCGGGGUGGAGUAGUGGCAGAGUCCAGGCACUCACUCUCGAGGAUUUCAGUCAGAUCCCAGAAGAAGAACGCCAACUCCUCUGGGCCGCUAUUCGUAAAUUCCCCUUCUCUUCGGAGUACACAAAGUUCUCAGGACUUAAAACGGCUCUGGUGAAAGCUAAUGAGCGACCUCUCACGCCACCAACAUACAUCCCGUCUGGUUGGACUGUUGAACAAGCAAAAGUGAUUAAUUUUGAUCUGCUUUCGAAGCUAUCUGAAGAAGAACAUCAUCUCUGGGCCGCUGGACAGACAGCGGACGAUGUACGAAGGACCCGAAAGCGUAAUCAAUUGCCAACCAGCCCACCUGAUUUCAUUCCCGCUGGUUGGACGACAGAACAGGCUAUCUGUCCUGGCUUUGAGCUACUAUCGCAACUCUCGAAAGAGGAUCUUACGCGAUUCAUGACAUCCCGAAAUGAGGCGAACCACAGGACACAGGCCACUCCUCAGCAGGCAGAUGUGGUUCCAUCACCUCUAGUUGAGACCCUCGCACGAGCAGGGUUUCCGCCGUGGGGAUUCGUCAUAGUCCGAACUUACUACGGCUCCGAAAGUCGCUGGAAACAGUUCCAAGAGAAAUUCGAUGCGAUGUGUGACGAACAGCUCAAUAGUGAAACUGGAAAUGGCCUCGAAAAAGUCAAGGAGACGCUGGAGUUUAAAUUGAUCGAGGACUCGCGGCUCGAAGAUGUGAGUGUGGAGGAGGCGAGAAGGCACUUCCACAUUGCUAAAAGUAUGGGCGGCGUUGCUGCGGGCUUGGAUAUGGCUAUUCUGCUUCUAGGCGACGCUACGGUGGUAGAUUCUGUCCUCAGUGACGGCACGAAUGGAAAUAAUGCAGCCUACUUCACCGUUGUCGACGUAACGGGAGCGGACGAGUCGAAAGGGUACCGGGGCCAUUUCAAAGUAUCGAUCGAUUCCUUGUUAUGCGAACUUUACACUAAAUUAUCAAUGGGCCUAAGCCCACGAGAUCUUUGGUCCAUGAUAGAUGAGGCGGACGACAUCUGGGCGGGUGAUGAUGUCUGAGCGACUACCUACCUACCUACCUUUCUUAAGUGGGUAUGCAGUUAGCUGCACCCUUUGGUAUUUUGACACAUUGCGUGUAAUUUAGCCGAUAUGACUUCAUUCUACCUAUGAGCUCUUCUAUGGCAUUUCCUCUUACUAACUCUAAUUACGCCAUCUUUGGAACCUUGUUGGACCCAACGACAUACUAGAUAGGUAAGAGGUAGAGGUAGGCAGC